CUGACUCAUUGCUCGCCUCAGCUGAUUAAUCAGAGGUUCAGGCCGUGACUCAGCAGUUCCUAUACAAUUGCAAACCAAAACUUUUGCAUUACACAAAUUUAUUUUUUUCCUAGGUUGUCUUUCUCAAUAGCUGUGUGAUUGUGUGUGUGUUCAUAUCAUAUGAAACCGUACGUAGUUCAUCUUUUUCACAGUAAAUCUAAGCUAUCAUUUUACUUGCCUAAUUUAUUUCAUAACUCCUUGUUACUAUAAAAAUUGGGGAAAAAGAAAUCAAUACUGUAUGAUUACAUAUGGAUCUGACUGUUUGUCAUUUAAUACCUUUUGUAAUCCUGUGGUGUUUGAACAGCAGGGUGGGAGCCUUUCCAGGUAGGCAAGAUAGUGAUCAUAGGAUCGUAAAUAAUGCAGUAACUUGACAGAGACCAGAAUAAGAAGGAAAUGCCCUCCAUGGAUUACACUGGUAUUUGGAGCAUUAGCUCUGUGCAGUGGAGACAGGAGUCCUAAGAAUGCUUUGUACCGUUUGGCACGUAGGAAUUCACUCAGUGACACAUCACUGGGAGCAGUGUGGUAAUAGCUGCCACUCAGGCACCUCAGCUGGCAGCACUUCACCCACACACCUCAGAGCAGCUCACUGUGGGGUUUGUAGAGGCUGCUGUGUUUUUACACCGCUCUUAGCAUGGGGUAUCUGUUAGCGUGGCUUUGGCUUGAGAGGUGAGCGUGGGUUAUGUGACGUGUUUUGCAUUGGGCACAAGGGAGACAACGUCCUCAGCUUCAGCAUGCACUGUUGUAAUACACAAUAGCUUUAACAUUAAUUAACUCCCUGUUCUGCAUCAGGUGCAACGUUUUGAGACGCUAGUAAUACAAUAGUUCUGCUUCAGGUUUUUAGCAAGCCGUGUAUCAGGUUACUUCUGCCUCUGCAUGAGCACAGACACAGUGAGAUUGGAAUUGUACAAACCUUGCCCCAGGGAACAAAUGCUUUAGUUUUCCUAUUCCUGGAGUUGGUCAAAGAGACAAUCUGCUGUAGGCAUCCUGAAGUGAAAAUGCAUGGAUUGACAGCUAGCAGUGUUCUCUAGGUGGUGCACCAGAGGUCUGGGAUAAAAUACCUUCUGGUCUGUGGAUUGUAGCUGGUAAAGAAGUGCUACAUCAUUUCACUGGCAUUCAGGUCACCAUUGUGAGCCAGCCCAACAGAAACAGGUGUGAGCAAUUCCUCCUCCGUAUCCUCCAGCAGCUGGUGGGGCUCUUGUGGGACUCCCGAGUCAGUGCCUUCCAGUAACGUUGUGCAGCAACAGUGGUGUAUCUGCAGCUGACAGGUAACAGUGGUGGAUUUUGUAUCUCUUAGGAGUGGUGUCCCACACCUGUAUCCAAAACUCUUUGGUGUAAAUAGCUAGAAUUAGCUGAAAUGAUUCCGUGACAAAUGGAAUCUAAAGGAAAGAGUCAUUUUGGAGUUCCUCUGUGCAGUAAAGUGUAAAAACAGCUCGUAAGGGUCUUCAGCAGUGACCUGGGCAAGGAUGCAGCACAGCGGGUGUGUGUUUGUGGGAGGGCCAGCUGAGAAGUGCAUGCUGAUGCAGGGGUUUGGUACAAGAAAAAUUUUCAGGCCGUGAAGCUGCUGGGUGAGCUCCAUUGUUUUCAGAGAGCAGCAGCUUUCUAGAACUAUUUGAAACCACCCAUAAAAUGCUGUCGGUGUCUCAUUAUACAAUUCCAGCAUAAGCACAGCAUGAUCAGAACCACCCUUACAGCCAGGGUUGGGGCUUGGUGGCAUUUUCUGUAGGAAGGUAUUAGGAAGGUAUCUCUCUCUCACAAGUGUGUAGCUGUUAUUUGACUCUUCCAGACAAACCAGUUAAAAUCCAGUGCUAAUCUCCAUGUCCCCCAUGAUUGCCAAGUUUCAGGAAACUCAGUACGUUAUUCCUUGAUACGUACACGUUAUCCUGACAGCACGCGAGCAUUGUAUCAAAGUGCCCUUAACCAAAAUCCUGACUAGAACAUCGUGACCUUGGCUUGAUAGCAGAAAGCAGCACCGGGGCGGGGCCAUCGGUCGAGGAGCUCCGAGGAUGAGCGGCGGCGGCGGCGUCCCGGCUCGUCCCGUCCCGGCGCUGUCUGCCCGCGGCGCCCGCAUCGCCGCCGGCGUGCCGGGGCUGCUGGACGGCGGCUUCGCCCUCUACGUCGCCGACCCCUUCGACCGGGAGCGCAACCCCGAGGGCGUCGUGAACCUGGGGACCAGCGAGAACAGGCUGUGUUUUGAUUUGAUAGAGGAGAGACUCACACGGCCUGACAUGGACUGCCUGCAGCCCGAUCUCUUCCAGUAUUCUGACACGCAGGGUGUGAGGAGCUUCAGAGAAGAAAUUGCCAAAUUUCUGACUGACUAUGCCAGAGCCGCAAAAGAACUUAGACCAGAACAUAUCACUGUCAUGAAUGGCUGCUGUGCAGUUUUUGCCACUCUGUCAACUGUGCUGUGUGACCCUGGUGAUGGAUAUCUUAUUCCAGCUCCUCACUAUGGUGGCAUAAAUUCAAAAAUGUGGCUAUAUGGUGGACUGCAGCCCGUGCAUGUGCCCUUGUCCAGUGAGGUGACUAACGAAGAAACUCACCCUUUCCAGUUAACAGCUGAAAAAUUAGAAGCUGCACUACAGAGAGCUAAAAAGCAGGGCAUCAGAGUGAGAGUAUUAGUCCUCAUCAACCCUAACAACCCCUUAGGGGAUAUUUACCCAGCGCAGUUACUGAAGGAAUGCCUUGAGUUUGCACACAGACAUGAAUUGCAUGUAAUAAUGGAUGAAAUCUACAUGCUGUCUGUUUAUGAUGAUACCACCUUCACCAGUGUUCUUAGCUUAGAUAGUUUACCAGAUCUCGAACGGACACAUUUUAUGUGGGGUUUUAGCAAGGAUUUUGGUAUGAGUGGAAUCAGAGUUGGGGUACUGUACACCAGAAAUCAUGAAAUUCAGAAAGCUGUCAAUCAACUAGCUGUCUUCCACAGCUGUCCUGGACCUGUUCAGCACAUUCUCACUCAAGUCCUUAAGGACAGAGAUUGGUUGGAUAAUGUGUUUUUUCCCACCAACAAGAAGAGACUUAAGGAAGCACAGAAUCUUCUUGUGGAUGGACUUGCAGACAUUGGUAUACCUGUGCUGAAAAGUUCGGGAGGACUCUUUGUGUGGGCAGACUUCAGAAAAUUCUUAAAGUCACAGACAUUUGAAGCUGAACUCGAACUAUGGCAGAAGCUCCUUGAUAAGAAACUCCUGAUUAGUCCUGGAAAAGCUUUUUAUUGUCAUGAACCUGGAUGGUUUCGAUUGGUUUUCUCUGAUUCUGUGGAUAAGAUUUAUUUAUGUAUUGAGAGACUUCAGCAAAUGCUGCAUGCUGAUGAUACCAGACCAGUUGUAAACAACACAUCUCCUACUGCAGACUCUUCACGCAGCCCAGAAAAAGAUUCUUCCGGCACACCUUCAAACACCCCCCAAGAGGAUUGCCUCCCAGCCAAAAAAUAUACUCGUUUUUUAAACUCAUCUGUGCAUUUAAUGACUGAUGAAAUUUAGCACGCUUAUGUUUACUGAAGGAUUAUGUUACUAAGUAUUUUUGGCUGUAAUAUUGCAUUAACAGUCUCACUUUGCUGUGACUUGGCAUUUCUAGUCAUGCAAGCAGGCCUGUUGAAUGGAAUUUGAAGACACUAGAACUCUUAGAUACUCUGAAAUUUGCCCUUGUUAAGCACUGCCUCCAGCUUUAUUCAAUUUAAAGUGUAUUAAGCAUCAGUGAAAAGCAAGAAGUCUUACAUAUAUACUUGGAUGGUGGAUUAUAAAGUUUUGAACAGACUGGUAAAAAUUAUGCAGAUGACUAGAGGUAGUGGAUAUUUUAAACUGCAUAUUUUAAUGAGAAGAGUGCAAGUACUGAAUCAGGUGUUAUUUAAGUUCUCCUAAACUUUUGUAGCUGACAAAAAUGUAUUUAAGAGAUACUGUCAAUAGUUAAGAUAUUCCAAAUGCCUGUAAUGCUCCAAAAACAGCAGUAUAAUGCAACACAGGGUUAAAUCUCAAAUUUUUAAAUAACUCACUACAUGAGUUAUAUGAGAUGUGUGCCCAUGCUCAGCAUGUUGCAGCAGUUAAUCCUAAGAUUACAUCACUCCUGGCUUUUGCUCUCCUCCUCACUUUGUUGAGCUUCCUGUUUGCUGCUCUAUCAAAUUACCAAGCAUCCAGAAGUACAAAUGACAGUCCUUAAAAAGAUAUUCACUGUAACCAUCAUUAUCCCCUCACACAUCUCCCCUCUUCUCUGCAGUCUAUAACUUCUCACUGGGGCGCAAUUCUGACAAUAAAUGCAACAUAGUUCAUUGAUCAAGGGGCCUGGACCUAAGCUUUGCACUGGGACCAUCUCAUCAGUGAGGAAAAUAUUUCACAGACGAGCUUGGUACGUUGUGCUCACUCUCUCAUUAAUACACUUCUACAAUAUCUUAAGAAUUUUUUCAUCCAUAGAAAUACCAUUACUUGUAAAUGCAUUCCACAGCCACCUUGCCAGAAUGCCUCAGUGAGUAGUCAUGUACUUCACUUUAGUUAAAAGUGGCACUUUGCUGAUAGUUGAAGGCAGCCAAAAUAUUUGGCUUUGCCACGUGUUCAACCAACUAAUAGCAAAGUAAAGAAGAAGAUCAUA